UCAAAAUCCGACAUGCAUACGCAAUUUGUCAACUAAAGUUUCAAGUGACCUCUAUGUUUUAUACAUGUAUGCCCAUGAGUGACCUCUGUGUUAUAGCCUGUAUACCCAUGAUGACCAGAUUUCACGGUUUGAAAGUGUAGCGGAGUUAGUCGCUUAUGAGAGUUCGACGAAAGCAUAGCAAGUUUUGUUCUUUUAGUGGAAGAAUCAAUCCCUUAAGCAAGUACUGCACUGGAAAGAUGAUGUACAUCAACCUUGCAGCGUGUCUUUCCGUGCUGCUGCUCGUGAUUGGCCUCUCUGUAGGACUCAGCGUUAGCAGCUUCAAAGGAAGUGACGCUCUCGAUACAGCGCCGUUGGUCGAUGGUCAUAAUGAUCUGGCAUACAACUUAUAUGCGCUACUAAACAAUAAGUUAGAAGGAUUUGAUUUCACGAAGAAUCUGACCAACGACAAAAUAUGGGGUAAAAAAGCGUGCGAAUCUUGCUACACGGAUCUUCCUCGAUUGAGAAAAGGAAAACUGGGCGCACAGUUUUGGGCCGCUUACGUGGGAUGCGACUCACAGUACAAGGACGCGUUGCAGCUGACAUUGAGACAGAUCGAUGUCAUCAAGAGGCUCGUUGACAACUAUCCAAAUGAUCUACAAUUCGUCACGAAAGCUAAUGACAUCGAGGAGGCAUGGAGAAGUGGAAAAAUUGCGUCCAUGAUCGGCGUUGAGGGAGGUCACUCCAUUGACUCCAGUUUGGCGGUCCUUAGACUCUUCUAUGAGCUCGGCGUGCGUUAUCUUACGCUUACUCACAUGUGCAACACGCCUUGGGCUGACGCAUCUCCUGCGCUCGACAAGCCUGUUCGGAAUCUCACAGAAUUUGGAGUGGUCGUGGUCCACGAAAUGAACCGAUUAGGAAUGUUGGUGGACUUGUCCCACGUGUCACACAAUGUUAUGAGGCGCGUACUCGCACUAACGAAAGCACCCGUUAUGUUUUCUCACUCCUCUGUCUACGCCAUUUGUGCACACCAUCGAAAUGUUCCUGACGAUGUGCUUCACUUAGUUAAAAAGAACAAUGGUAUCGUCAUGGUUAAUUUCUACUCCGGUUUCAUCAAUUGUAAUACCUCGAGAAAUGCCACUAUACAGGAUGUUGUCGAUCACAUUAAUUACAUUCGCAAUCUUAUCGGAGCGGACCACGUUGGUAUCGGAGCCGACUACGACGGCGUAGAAGUUAUGCCCGAGGGAUUGGAAGACGUUUCGAAAUAUCCUGAUCUGUUCGAUCGUCUCUACGAAAGCGACGUGGAACCGAAAUGGACCAAGGAGGAGCUCGAAAAACUUGCUGGUAGAAAUCUGAUCCGUGUAUUCAAGGACGUAGAAUUAGUGAGAGAUAAUCUGAAAUCUGGCCAUCCAUUGGAAACUGUCAUAACUGGAAAAGAAAUUUACGAUGGAGAAGUAGAAAGCGGUGUAAAAGCAGGUUCAUGCAACACUGCAAUAGAGUGGAACGGACUUAACGUUACAUCGAGCGACUCCGAACAAUAACGACAUUUAUUUAUUUAAGAUGGAAUAAUGCGACAUUUAACACAGGAAGAUCCUAUUUUCUUAUGAGAAGUUUCAUUGUAUGCAAUAAAAAGCGUAAAAUAUUA